AUGAAAAUUGCUCGAAAAGAGUUUGAAGAUAUGUUGGCACAAGGCAUUGUAAGGCGUUCUAAGAGUCCUUGGUCAUCAGCUUUACAUCUUGUAAAGAAAAAAGAUGACGGAUGGAGGCCGUGCGGGGACUACAGAUCACUUAAUGCAAGGACUAUCCCUGACAGAUAUCCCAUUCGUCACAUACAAGAUUUUUCUUACCAACUUUCUGGAUCCACUAUAUUUUCUAAGAUUGAUUUAGUGAAGGCAUACAACCAAAUUCCUGUAAAUCCUUCGGAUAUACCAAAGACUGCCAUAACUACACCAUUCGGGCUUUAUGAAUACCCUUUCAUGAAUUAUGGUUUGCGAAACGCAGCGCAAACUUUUCAGAGAUUCAUUGAUGAAGUGCUCUCUGGUCUUGACGAUUUUUGCUUCGGAUACCUCGACGAUAUUCUGGUUUUUUCACCUUCCCCUGAAAUACAUAAACGCCACUUACUUCAGCUCUUUGAGAGGUUAAAAGCUUACGGCGUGUUGAUCAAUAUAACGAAGUGCGUGUGGGGACAGCACGAGGUGACAUUCCUUGGAUACCAUGUGUCUGCAGCCGGCAUCUUACCGCUAAAUACAAAAGUACAAACUAUACAAGAAUUUCCCAUACCACGCACUGUAAAGGAACUCCGCAGAUUCUUAGGUAUGAUCAAUUUUUAUAGACGUUUCAUACCAAAUGCAGCUAGGAUACAAGCACCGUUAAACGCCGUCUUAGCGGGACCUAAAGUGAAAGGAUCUCAUCCCAUUAGUAUGACACCAGAUCUUUUGAAAGCAUUUGAAAAAUGCAAAAAUGCUCUUUCUAAUACUACACUUUUAGUACAUCCUAAUUCAUCGGCCGAGCUCUCAAUUCACACCAACGCUUCAGAUGUGUCCAUCGGUGCUGUGCUGCAACAACGCAAGGGCACUGAAUGGGAACCCUUAGGUUUAUUUUCGAAAAAGCUGAAUUCCGCACAAAAAAAAUAUAGCCCUUAUGACCGGGAGCUUCUAGUAAUUUACGAAGCAAUCAAAUAUUUCUUACACAUGGUAGAGGCUAGAGUCUUCAGUGUGUACACAGAUCAUAAGCCUCUUACCUAUGCUUUCUCUACUGCAAGAGAUAAAUGUCCUCCGCGACGCUAUCGCUACCUAGAUUUUAUUGCACAGUAUACCACAGACAUUCGCUACAUUCCGGGACCAGAUAAUGUAGUAGCCGAUACGCUUUCACGGGUAGAAGAAAUUAAAAUAUCUUUAGAUUACCAGGCUCUUUCACGAUCUCAAGAUAAAGACCCUGAACUGCAACAUCUGCUGCAAAACGGUUCAUCAUUAAACCUACAGAAAAUCGAACCAAUAGGAGCAAACCUUAAAGUAUACUGUGACGUAUCUGUACAGCAGCCAAGACCUUCAUUACAAAAGCAUUUAGAAGGCAAGUGUUCGAUAUGCUUCAUGGAUUAA